AUGCAGCGCGUCGAUCCAUCAGCCGAUGAGCUUUCGUUAGAAUGGGGGGAGGAUACAAUUUACUGCGAAGCAACAUGCGCCCCCGAGGAUGUCUUGUAUGAGGGAUCGGACGACGAGGAUUACGAUAACCCAAUCUCGCGGAAGCUGCGAUACGAAGAAGCCGGGCAACGAUAUCUCGACGGAAAGACACCUUUCCUCAUUACAGCAUCACUCAAGGGCCCGUUCGACUCAAAAUCCGGCCGCUGGGUGAACCCGUGGCGAUCCAAACACCGCACAUCCGGGACAUCGCAAGGAGUACGGACAUCACCAGGCAAAUUAUUAAGGUCAGCACAAGUGAAGCGCAAUGUGUCAAUUCCGGAGACGAUCCUCACAGCACCGGGCGACAGCCUAGAGUGCCAUUUGCCAAGCCCCGAGAGCCUCAAACAGGCUUCAGUUGCAGGAGGGCAUGCGUAUUUGGAGGAAGAUGAACUGGCAAAGGUUCAAGAGUGGAGGGAAGCGAUAGAGCCUGGAGAUGCCGCAAGAGAUCGGUUCUGGACAUCAACACCACAGUCAUCAUUGUCGGCGAGAAAGAGGAAAGCGAAGAGUUCAUCAUGGCUAAAACAUUUGGCCACCAAACGACGGCGUACGGAUAUCAUGGAAUCCGGGUCUGUCAACACUCCUGUCCCACGACGAGCGCAUCCUAUCAACAUUAUCGAUGAUCAGAAUGACUAUGGUGAUGCGCCGACUACAUCUUUCAACAGCGUCCCGGAUCGCUUACCUUCCUCGGCUCUUGCUGCCAACAGAUUCUUUGCGCCGUCCCAAACUAGUGAUUGGGAGGGGGAUACUCAAGCUGCAACGGACGUGGAUGAACUGGUUCAGCCAGAUAGUCGGUCGUCUGCUGUUUCUUCCAACUCCUCAGCCAAGCGCAUCUCACCAGUUCGCGAUCUCGGGAAAUGCGCCCAAGACGAAGAGGCCAAGCAUGCAGAAGAUGAACUUUCUCGUGAUAAUGUUGCGCCUAUGCAGGCUGCCGCCACUUUAUCAUCGCCGAUAUCGCAAAGACAACACAUGCCAGCCACUGGUCGAAGUACCAAUUGUUCUCAACACAGCGUGCAACGACAAAGUCAAAUCAAGCCAGCGUCGCCCAGUCAACAACCUUCACAAAACUAUGAUGCGGAGUCUUAUCUGUCUAUAUCCUCGGAAGACGACAAAUCUUCCAGUCCCUCACCGGCUUUUGAAACACAAGAAGAUCAAAGCUUCUGCUUCAAGAUGCGGCCAAAGCAUAUUGCAGUGACUGAAAUCGUCGAAACAAGUUCUCUUGUGCCAACAUCAGUAUCUGCUGAAGAUCCCCAGGCCAGUGUCAGUGAAGAGGAAUCUUGGUCCGGCUUGUCCUCUGUGGACGAAGCCUCUGGAGUACUCGCUCAGGACGACGAUACGCCUCGAAGCAAGCCUAACAGCACCUCGAAGCCGGAUAUCAACAUGGCCGAUGCCCCUGUUACCGAACCGAUGGACUUGGACAAGCCUGGAAUGUCAAGUGACCUGUCGUCAAUUUCCAGCCAAGAGUUCACCGGGUUCGACCUCUCUGAAGAAACACCCGACGACCUUUGCGAUGAAGAUACUGCCAGCGAUUCGUCCGAGACUGGUUCAGAUACAGCGAUAAUGUCUUCUCCUACGCCAGUGGAAGAGGUGAUCAAGAUUGACGAUACCGAGUCUUCUAGUAGCUCCGAAGAGCCAGAUGCCAAACCACAAAAGGAGGAAAUCUGCGUUGCGGUUGAAGACGACAAUUCGAGCCGAGUUGAAGAGACCACAGAUUCCGAGGACGAAACGACGGAGGAGUCAACCGAUCAGGAGGAAGGAGACUCUGCGAAUUCAUCGACGGCAUCCGGUAACAAGUCUUUACAAGUUUCGCCUCAAAAAGACCAGAGCAAGGCAUCGUCAGUUCAGUGUACACCACCUAAAGCCAACAGUUCUAUCGCUAGCCCUUCUCACGGGGCUUCCCUCCUGAAAAGCUCAGUGAGGAAACACAUUUCGCAGAGCUCUUGGUCGAAGUUCGCUCGCAUUGUCGAGAGCCCUCUCGCAUCACCCACCGCUCGCCGUUUGCAGCGCAAAGAAAGCAACACUCCAUUGCCCAACACUCCGAUUACAAACAAGGUAUUAAGCCGGAUUGGAUCGAAUGCACGCGUUCCUCCCUCGCAGAAGCAACUGUCGAGCCCCAUCAAUGGAGAUGAAAAUGGCCAUCAAACAGAGUCGAGUCCCAAUCCCGGAACCAAAGCUGCAGAAUUGGGGCAAACGCCCUCUUCAAUCAUGCCGCCCACUGGCAUUCAUGCCAUUGAAGCUACGACGCCCCAAUCGGAAGUUCAACAAACGCCUCCAAGGGCACACGAUGCCAUGGAUGUUGACCAGCAAGACCCCAAAGGAGACUUGCCAGUUCCCUUUUCACAGCAGAGUCCAUGGGCGGAAAGCAAACUAUCUCAAUACGCAUCAAUGGCAAUGGAUCGACUACCUCCAAUCGACAGCGCUCAAGAAUCUACUCCGCUGAACGAGACGCACGACUCCUUCGCGAUGACAUCUCCAGCAGCCCAGACCCCCUGGGCAGAGGAGACGACCCGAAUACCCAAGAUGGGGCAGACACACAUACCCAUCAUUGCCGAGGAAGAUCACAUGGCAGUGGAUGUGCCGGACACUCCUGGGAUGGCAUUGAAUGCCAAUACUCAAGUUCGGAAUGAGGCUCCGGUUAUCACUCCAGCUCCGGUCGCUCGACCUGCUAUGCCUGAACCGCAGUUUUCCGUCAAGUCAUUCGCUUCGUUCAUGUCUUCUCCCGAAAGCCGUCCUCGUCAAGUCAGACGGGCCAGCUGGAGAGACUCGGGUUCUCGUCUUCCGAGCACACAAGGCAUUUUGGCCUCAGCGACCAAGAAUCCCUGGGAGCGCAGCAGUUCACAGCGUCGUGUGUCAUGGGCGCCUCUCCCUCAUGAAACCGAGGGACAGGAAAGCAUACCAGCAACCCCAACGCCUUUGGUAGUCCCAGCCCGCGCAGCGUCCCCUCCACCCACAACCCCAAUCGAGGACCUCCCUACGUCGCAAAACGCCAAGUUCCGCAAGCACUUCAACGCUGUGGCCCGUCGGAGCAACAUGGCCCAUGGAAACGCCUCCUAUCAGCGCCUACUGCCCUCGGAGUCGCAGCGCACUGUCGGAAGUCCCGAACCGGACGCCAUGGCGGAGACGUUUCUCACGGCCGACCAACUCCGACAGAAGCAGCAGCAGCAGCAGCAGCAAAACUGCAACCAGCACCACUUGGCGGAUCACACUAAGAGCGACCGCGAGACGGAUGAGUCACAGGAUCCUCUGGACAUGGUGGAGGACGUUUUCCGCGAGAUUGGCGACUUUCUGGAGAAGUGGGAUGUGGACAACACCAAGACACCCCAACCCGCUCAGGGGCCACAGAGCCCUUGGUGA